AUGUCCCACCCGCGGCUGCUGCUCCUCCUGCUCCUGCUGGGCACCGGCCGCGCCCUGAGCCUGUCCGGAGCCACCUCCAUCUUCAGCUGCCUCCACGCCGCGCUGGCCGAAGGCGCGAAGCUCCGUCCCCAGGAGGAGAACGCCGUGCUGGACAAGCGCGGCUCUGAGCCCCCGUCCAUGGAGGAGGCGUCCGAGGAGGACAGGGAUGAUGAGGAGGAGGAGGAGGAGGAGCUGGAGAAAAGGACAUUCCCGCGGGAACCGGUGGAAUCCCGGGCCAGGAGCCACCGGAGUGGGGCCAAGGGCGAGCGGCGCGCCAAGGUGACGCUGUCCCUGGAUGUCCCCACCACCAUCAUGAACAUCCUCUUCAACAUCGCCAAGGCCAAGAACUUGCGGGCCAAGGCGGCCGCCAACGCCCACCUGAUGGCCCAAAUCGGCCGCAGGAAGUGA